AUGAGCUACUUCGAAGCACCCCAGAAUGUCAUUGUCAUUGGCGGCGGCAUAGUCGGCUCCUCAAUCGCCUGGCACCUCUCCAAAUCACCAACCACAAACACCACCAUAAUCGCAGAACAGAUUGGAGGCGUCGCCACACCAAAUUCUUUCGCUUGGGUCAAUGCUGGCUCGACCGACAAGCGAUUUUACUACAAUUUCCGACACCGAUCCAUGGCCCACUGGCACGAGAUCGAGGAAGCUGUUCCGGAACUGUCAAAGUACAUUCACUGGGGCGCAUCGUUGAAUUGGGACAUUGCCAACGAGACGGAGAGGGCAGAGUAUGGCGAGAGACUGAUGAAGUGGGGCUACGAUGUUAUCACUGUCAACAAGACAGAGAUUCCGACAUACGAGUCAGAGUUUGAAGAGAGCUUCUUGAAGACGGAUUGGGCAUUGAGGUAUACAGAAGAGGGACAGAUGGAAGCGCAUAUCGUUGCUGAGAAGCUUAUUGACGACGCGCAAACAAACGGCGCAGGAUUGCUCAAAACGAACGUGACUUCUUUCUUAAAAAAAGAUGGAAAGAUUGUGGGAGUUGUGAUUGAUGGCGGAGAGGAAGUCUAUGCCGAUCAUGUCGUGUUGGCCGGUGGAUUGGGAAGUGUGCCUUUACUUGCUGCAGUGGGCGUGGACCUGCCGUUGACACCCAAGGCGGGUCUUCUCAUCAACACCGUCCCUACCGAGAGGAAACUACUCAACGGCGUCGUCUACUCACACGACCUACAUCUCCGCCAAACCGCAGACGGACGCAUCCGUACUGGAUCCGACUUUGGAGGCUCCGACCCAACCGAUAAUCCGCAAGCGGUAGCUGAUGAUCUGUUUGUCAAAUUACAGGCAGCCUUCAAAGGAGGUGAUGAGAUCAAGUAUGACUACUAUACCAUUGGGUACCGACCUACACCAGAAGAUGGUCUCCCCAUUCUAGGCGAAACAGGUGUCCAUGGCUUGACGGUGGCCACUAUGCACAGCGGUGUAUCCAACGGCGCGCUUGUCGGCAAGUUGAUCAGCGAAAUGGUUUUGACAGGCGAGAAGGACCCCGCGCUCGCUGACUUUGCGCUGUCGCGCUUCAGUAACGGAACGACAUCCGCUUCCAAGAGGAGGAUUAGAGUAGACCACUGA